GUCACAGUCAUGGCGUACCCGUUCCAGGCAGACAGCGUUCAUAGAAACAUGCCCCAGAUUCGGCAUGUCGAGUGAAUUUGGGGUGAAAUCGGCUUGAUUUCGUCGAAAACCUGUGAAAUUCGUCGCGAGUGCUUUUGUGAAGGCGACACGAUGUCGGAAUCGCGAAUGGCGAAUUUCAGUUCGUGCUGCAGGCUGUGCUUGGCCGACUCCGUGGACAAUCUAAAGUCGAUUUUUGACGAAAGUGCAGACGAUCGGGGCUUGCAGGGGAAGAUUUCUUCAUGUCUGGGAGUCGAGAUCCUUCCCGACGACAAACUCUCCACCGGGGUCUGCCUUCCGUGCAUCGAAAAAGUCACUAACUGGCAGACCUAUAAACUUACUUGUUGCGAAAACCAGACCAAAUUAGAGCAUUGGCUCAGUUUGUCCAGCAGCACCGAGAUCAGCAUGACCAACGCCGCCGACCUUUCCGACGGGAAUAUCCAAAUCAAAGAGGAACCCAUCGACCACGAGUCUCUCACCCCCGAAGUGAUCAUCAACGGCGAAUCGUCCUUGAAGAACGAACCCUUAGAAGAAGAAUACAACGAACUUCCGCCCCCUCUGACCCCACAAGGCACCGAAGACGGCGACGUGGAAGUCGUCGCCCACUCUCCUUCCUCCCAACUAACCAACGAUGACGAGAACAACCCACGAAAGUGCAACUUUUGCGGCAAGUUCUUCGCGUCGGCUGGCAAUCGCAAGAAGCACGAGCGGGUCAUCCACGGAGCCAAGUCUUUCGGUUCCACCACCGAGUCAGAAGUCGGUUCGCUCAGUCAAGACGAAAGGUCGCAGAGUUCUAUCGACUCCCAUAUGCUCAACGAGCUGCCGCACCAGUACGAAGAGCCCACUUCCGAAGAGAAGAAGAUUCUGUUCGCGGCGGGGUUGAAGUUGUUACAGAGGAAUUCGACUCCUCCGAUUUCUUUGGAGAGUUUGUCGAGGAUCGAGAACAGUUAUAUUGAGAAGUGCAAAGCGAUGGUGAACAUGCACAAGUCGAUGAAGUGCGCUUGUCACAAUGUCGUCCAUCCGAACUUGAAAGGGUUGUUGUCGCAUUUGAGGGCUUUGAGGAUUUGGUUUCCGGUUUUCACGUGUUAUCACUGUAUGAUAACUUUUACUGAUAGAUCGACGAGCACCAGGCACUAUUUGCGUUGUCCGAGGACGAAUCUAGAAACUUUGAUUAAGUUGUCGAACUUGAAGAAACGCAGCGAAGUGAAGACUCGUCUGUACCAGAACUACAAGUGCACCCAGUGCAGGUUUAUGUAUUCGUUCCAUGAAGAUUUCUGUACGCACGUGGACGAAGACCACAGUCAGGUGGAUCUUCCGUACAAGUGUUCCUGCGGGAGAGUUUUUACUUCACUGGAAGAUUACAAAGACCAUGCUUAUAUCAGUUGUUUGGUCGAAUUUUAUUGUGAUAUUUGUUUUGUCACGGUUAAGACUUUGGAUGCGUUCCAGAAGCACGCUGCUGAAGUACAUGAUCACUCUGAAGGGUUUAUUCUUCUUCAGGAUGACAAUUACAAACAGAGGAAGUACUCGCCUAAUGUUACCAGAACGACGUACACGAGACAAAGCGUUAAACGCGAACACUCCGACGAAGGAAACAUCGUCAGUGGAAAGAGGAGAAGUUCUUAUAAACCUCCUAUUCUAGAGUCGGAAGAUUCGUCAGACGACAAAGUCAUCAAUCCAGUGUUUAUGCAAAAGAUUCCGGGCACUACGUGCCCGAUUUGUUCGAAAGAGUACUCGAGCAAUAAUAACAUGUGGAGACAUUACAAGACGCACUUCCAAGAAGACACUGAAGAAGAAGUGGAUGAUUCUAUUUAUUGUUGUCCGGAUUGCGGCGGCAUGUUCAAUACCCUCGAGUGGGAAAAACAUAAAGGCAUGCACAAAAAAAAGACGUGCGGCGAGUGCGGAAAAGUGUUCCAGUUCCAGUCGGAGCUCGAUCAACAUAGAAGCGUCCACUUGAAUCUCAAACUAUAUAGAGAUUCCAAGACGCAGAAUUAUAAGAGUACCAUGAUGAGUCCGAACGAACCUAGUAACAUCGUGGUGAUGUGUGAAGUCUGCGACCGAAUGUUUACUUCGAAGGAACAACUUAAAGAGCACAAGCUCACUCAUGAGACCAUGCCGGUACUGGAAUCCGCCGAGUCGGCCGAAGAGGAAGAAACCAAAAAGAAAUUUUCGUGUAAAUUGUGCGACAAGCACUAUGCAGGGUACGCCGGUUUGUGGGACCACAAUAGGAAGAAACACCCAGAGAACAAGCUCGGAGGCAGCGGCAACUUCCCCAAGAAGUGCAAAUACUGCGACAAAGUCUUCGUCACAGGUGGUUCCUACUGGAUGCACAAACAAAUGCACGAAAGGAACAACCAGAAGAAGCAGUUGGAGCCGCCGCAGCUUCAAGUUUCCACGGAGGAAGAAACCAAUGAAGACGACUCCGAGUCGUACCACACUUGCAAGCGCUGCUUCAAGGUGUUCUCCACGCGGUCGAAUCUUAAAAACCACAUGAAAUCUCACGGAAGCCCAACCGCCAAAGCUACUAAAAAGAUCACCAAAAAAGUCUGGUGCAACGUCUGUCAUUGCGCUUUCGAUAGCACCGCCAGCUUAGAGAGACACAAAGCCGAAGGUCACCACGCCGACGACGACGGCAUGCCCACCCUCUCCGACGAGCAAAGCGAAGGCGACUUGAAACAACCCUUCGUUUUCACUUGCGACGUCUGUGUGCAGACCUUCACCACAAAAAUAGCCCUGAAAAAGCACAAAGAGCGACACGCUAAAGAAGUCAGACCCAUCGUCAAAAACAAGCAGACGGUGAUCAACUGCAAGUAUUGCAAGAUCUUGUUCGCCACACCUUUGCAACUCGCCAACCAUAUGAAAGACGAGCACUUGGAGGAGUACAAACCCAACCAAAAGAAAGAGCGCACUGGAGCGAAGACUUCCAGCUGCAAACUAUGCGGGAAGUCGUUCACUUCCAUGUCGGCGCUGUACGCCCAUCAAGGCUGGCACAAGCGCGGUAAGCUGGAGCCUAGCACCGAUCAGUCGCUGGUGAUGAUCAAAGAGGAGCCCCGAGUGGAGACUCCGCAGCACCAGUGCUCCACGUGCGGCGCCGUUUUACCGAACGACACGGCGCUGCAAAUCCACAUUUUGGAGAAGCACAGGAACGUGAACGCGACGGUUCUUCCGGCGCGCUGCAAGAUGUGCAAUCUGGACUUUAGUUCGCAGGAGGAGUACGACCAGCAUAAGCGGUUCCACGCGAUGGUGGAGAAGCAGCCGAAGACGAAGACGUACGGCUGCACGCAGUGCCCGGCGGGAUUCAGCAAAGCGGAGAUGCUGAAGACGCACGUGAGGCAGUUCCAUAGGGAACAGCAGGAGCAUCGGUGUCACUUCUGUGACAGGGUGUUCGAGAAGGCGAAUUCGUUGGGGAUUCAUCUGAAGGUGCACGAGAAGCAGAGGAUGCUGACGGGGUCGACGAAAAUACCGACGCCGAGUAAACCGGCGACGGUCACGCCGAAGGUUGUGUCGACGACGACGGUUAAGCCGGCGGCUGGAGGGAAGCCGCUGUAUUCGUGCUCGAUUUGUAAUAUGGGGUUCGAUUUACCGAAGGAUUUGAGGACGCAUACGAUUCAAGCACAUCCGUUCUGACGUAUACUGUACAAGUAAUUUUUUUUUUCUUCUUUAUUUUAUAUACAUGUUAACUUACUCCUGUUGUUGCUAGGUUGUGUAUGAUUUACACAUUUUAUUUUUUACUGAAAAGUUUGUUACUGGUUUAUCUUUUCAUCAUUUGUGCCUAAGAAAAUUGUACAUACAUGUUUAGUUAGGUAUAAUAAUGUAUGACUUUUCUACAAUAAAACGUAUAUAUUUA